AUGCUCAUUGUUUGCUUAUACGUAGAUGAUCUUAUAUUUACUGGCAAUGAUAGUGUCAUGUUUGAGAGGUUUAAGAAGUCUAUGAUGGUUGAAUUUGAAAUGUUUGAUCUUGGUAUGAUGCAUUAUUUUCUUGGCAUCGAAGUGGUGCAGAGUGAUACUGGAAUUUUUAUUUCUCAAAAGAAAUAUGUGCAAGAAAUUUUGAAUAGGUUUCAGAUGAAGGAUUGUAAUCUUGUUAGUACACCAACUCAGUUUGGCUUGAAGCUAAACAAAGAUCACGGAGGAAAAAAGGUGGACAGCAUAAUCUAUAAGCAAAUUGUGGGUAGUUUGAUGUAUUUAACUGCAACAAGACCAGACAUAAUGCACUCAGUGAGUCUAAUUAGCAGAUAUAUGGAGAAUCCAACAGAGUUGCAUUUUUUAGCUGCCAAGAAAAUCUGUUGUUACUUGCAAGGAACUAAAGAUUUUGGGUUGUUCUACAAGAAGGGUAAAAGGUCAGAUUUGAUUGGAUUUACUGACAGCGAUUAUGCAGGAGAUCAAGAUAAUAGGAGGAGCACUUCGGGUUAUGUUUUUAUGCUGGGCACAGGGGCUGUUUCGUGGUCAUCUAAGAAGCAACUGAUUGUCACUUUGUCCACCACUGAAGCUGAAUUUGUUGCAGCAACAGCUUGUGCUUGUCAAGCUAUCUGGCUAAGGAAAAUUCUUGAAGAGCUCCAUCUCAAGCAAGUGGGAGCUACUACAAUUUUUUGUGACAACAGCUCAACCAUCAAACUCUCCAAAAAUCCCGUGCUACAUGGAAGAAGCAAGCAUAUUGACGUGAAGUAUUAUUUUUUAAGAGAUCUCAGCAAUGAUGGAGUUAUUGAUCUUGUCUACUGCAGAAGUGAAAACCAAGUUGCUGAUAUUUUUACUAAACCCCUUAAAUUGGCUGCCUUCUUGAAGCUGAGGAAGUUACUUGGAGUUUCCACUCUAGAAGAUUCAAUUUGA